AUGCGAGAGCUUGUGGCGAAUAAUGAGCCACAUAUCCCUAAACCGAUCUACGAGCAAAAAAAUCCAUUUCUGAUAAUAAAGCUCAAGGUUCUAAGGAAGCAACAUUUGACGAUCAGCAAUACAGUACAGAUGUUAAACAUGAUCUUCAGUUUGCAGCUUCUUGCUACAGCAAUCAUAACAUUUUCGGAUAUCACGAUCAUUCUAUAUUACUAUAUAUUGCAUGCGCUACAUAACGAGUUGUGGUCAAUUAUGCCAGUUGUAAAUCAUAUGUACUGUCUCUCACGCAUGGCAUACAACUUUAUAAGAAUAGCAAUGAUAGUGUGGGCCUGCGAAACGGGCAAGGAUCAAGCCCUGCAAAUCAGCACUUCUGUUCACGAUAUGUUUAAUAGAAUCACCGAUAGGAAAAUAAAAAAUGAGUUACAUCUGUUUUCUCUGCAAACAUUUCACUGCGAAAAUACAUUUUCCGCAAAAGGUCUCACUGUAAACGCGAAGUUUCUUGCUGCUAUAGUGGGUAGCAUCGUCACAUACAUAUUAAUAUUAUUCCAAUUCAUGCGCAUGUCGCAUUUAUGUGAGAGAAAGCCAAACAAUAUUACAGGAGAAAUUUAA